CUGGCGGAGGCACCUGGGGGGAGCCGGGGAGGAGGGUGUUUGGCAUAAUUACGAACCCGAGCAUGUGUCUGCGCCAUCCUGUGGGUGUGGCGCCGAGCGGAGUGUAAACUCUAGCGGGGCUGCGAGGGACGCUUGGAUUCGCGGCCGCAGCUCGCUCAGCCUGCCCGCCUGCCCGGCGGCGAGAGCGGCCCCAGCGCACGCGGCACGCCGACCCCGCACCAUGGCCUCGUCUCAGGGGAAGAACGAGCUGAAAUUCGCCGACUGGAUGGCAACUCUGCCCGACAGCAUCCAUAGCAUCCCGCUCACCAAUUUAGCCAUCCCAGGCUCCCAUGAUUCUUUCAGCUUCUACAUUGACGAAGCCUCUCCAGUAGGUCCUGAGCAGCCAGAAACCGUCCAGAAUUUUGUCUCUGUAUUUGGAACCGUAGCCAAGAAACUGAUGCGGAAAUGGCUAGCCACUCAAACAAUGAACUUCACUGGUCAGCUAGGAGCCGGAAUCCGCUAUUUUGAUCUUCGAAUUUCCACCAAGCCCAGAGACCCGGACAAUGAACUUUAUUUUGCUCAUGGCUUGUUCAGUGCCAAAGUCAACGAGGGUCUUGAGGAGAUCAACGCGUUCCUCACAGAUCACCGUAAAGAGGUAGUAUUCUUGGACUUCAACCAUUUUUAUGGCAUGCAGAAAUACCAUCACGAAAAACUGGUCCAAAUGCUGAAAGACAUCUAUGGAAACAAAAUGUGCCCAGCGAUCUUUGCCCAGGAAGUUAGCUUAAAGUACCUGUGGGAGAAAGAGUAUCAAGUGCUCGUCUUCUACCACAGUCCAGUGGCUCUGGAAGUGCCCUUUCUCUGGCCAGGGCAGAUGAUGCCAGCACCCUGGGCGAACACCACAGACCCGGAAAAGUUGAUUCAGUUUCUUCAGGCAUCCAUCACUGAGAGAAGAAAGAAGGGCUCGUUUUUUAUAUCUCAGGUGGUGCUGACCCCCAAAGCUAGUACGGUGGUCAAAGGUGUAGCCAGUGGCCUCAGAGAAACGAUCACAGAAAGAGCGCUUCCUGCCAUGAUGCAGUGGGUCCGCACACAGAAGCCCGGAGAGAGCGGCAUCAAUAUUGUCACUGCUGAUUUUGUAGAACUUGGUGAUUUUAUCAGCACUGUCAUAAAGCUCAACUAUGUCUUCGAUGAAGGAGAAGUCGAUACCUGAUAUCACUCUUGGGAAUGUCCAUGAGUAAGAUAGAGAAGACUCAUUGUAUUAGGCAUAUUCUCUGUACGCGCUCUCAUCUCCCUAUUCCACAGAGUCUCUGAGGGGAUUUGGGCUGGAAUCUGGUAGGAAUAGGGAGGAAAUUGUUUCUUCAGUGAUUAUAAUCAUAUUCUACAUUACUAUAAAUAUUUCAUUUCCCAUUUGGUGAGUAAAAUCUACUUCUAGUGUUAGGGAUAACAAAGAACAGUGAAUUUGUUUUCCAAAAUUAGCCUGUAUUGCAUAAUUCACAAGUGAUUAUUGGAUUGUGUUUUCUUAUUUCAACCUAGGGCUCCUAGGCUGUCCAUACCCUCUAACCUUUCCCACUCAUUCUCUUGCUUGCUCGCUCUUUCCAAUCAGAUGCUGUGGUGUGGGUCUCAAAACAGUUGAAUGCCCAACUUACUGUGUGUUACAUUUUAUACCGAAAUUUACUUGUUUUGUGGUACUUGGUAUAAUAUUCUGUAGUCACUUGCAAUUGGCCAUCAUAGCUAACCUGUGGUGAUAGAAAAUGCACAUAAAAUCAGCUUUCCUGCAUCAGUAAUAUUGGAGGUCAUAAUCAGUGAUUUUUGUGUUAUAUGAAAACAAUAGUGUUUUCCAGUAUUUCUAUGUAAGGCAGCUAUAACCAUAGUGUAAAAACUUUUAUGAAGGGAAUAUGAGUGCCAAUUACAUAGCAAAAACUAAGGAGGUAGGGGCAGGUAGACACACUUUUUUUUUUUU